CAGUCAAACGGGUUGUUCGCUUCAUGGUUCAUUUUCGUAGUGGUACUUGUGAAGUAAAGUGAAAAAGACAGACAGCAGAACAAGAGAAUUGACAAAAGAAGAAAAAUCGAAAGGAAAAUAUUCAUAAUUUUUUCAUUGUUGCUGCUUCGUGUGGCAAUUUUCACUUCAAUUUAAAAUAGAAAAACUUUAAUUACGACAAAAUUGAAUUCAAUUACGAAAAGUGUUUAAUAUUUUAAUAUCAAAAGCAAAUCGAAGACAGCGAGUGAAAAAGUAAUCAGCUAAGUUUUAUUUUUUCUUUAUUCUCAUUUGCAAGACUUUUUUCCACAAGCAAAUAAGAAAGAAAAAAAAAGACGACAAAGGAAAAGGUACAAGAAAUAAAACCCCAAAAAUAACAAAAGACUCAACCAGCUAAGUUGUAGAGUUGAGUAGUGAAUGCCCAACCAAUAGAUUUUGAAAAUGUGUUAAAAUUUGAUAAAGAAUUGAGAAAAAAAUGAAAAAAAUUUCAUGGCCGAUAAAUUUUUCAUAAAAUUAACAAUUUAUUUUGCCAAAAAAACGUGUAUACAUAUCGGUCAUAAGAUUUAACAGAAAAACAAAGGCAGCAGACAAAAAUAUAAUAAAAAGAGAGCAGGAGACACAGACAGGAGUCGUUGAAGUCCAAGAGUGUUGAAGUGUGUUGUUUUGUAGUCAUCGAACUGCGAACUAAACUGCAACUGCGAGAACAAGAACCGAACCGAACGGAGAAAAGAAAAUGGACGGGCACCAUACGCAUCACAACAAUUCAUCGUUUUCGACCCCAUCGUCGUCAUCGUCGCACCAUCAUCACCACCAUCAUGUAGCUCAGCAGCAGCCUUUGCUGCAGCAGCAGCAGCACACUAGCAGUAAACAUCAUCUGCACCAUCAGCAUCAUCAGGCAUUGACUCAACAGCAGCAGCACCCGAAUUGCAACAGUGGCAGCAGUCCCACAAAUAACAGUAACAACCAUCAUAUCGAUCGCCUCAAGAUGUUAUAUCCGAAUGUCAACGAAAAUGAAACUCCACUUCCUCGAUCGUGGAGCUCCCAUGACAAGUGUCAUGCCAUUGGGUUGUCACAGAAUAAUUUACGUGUUCAUUACAAAGGAACAGGCAAAAGUGUCAACGAUGCUGCCGCAUCUGUACGUACACCGCAUCCUAUUCCACCGGGCUGUGGUUUGUAUUACUUUGAAGUCAAGAUUAUUUCUAAAGGCAAAAAUGGCUACAUGGGCAUUGGUCUUACUUCUGAGAAUUUUAAAAUGAAUAGAUUACCAGGUUGGGAUAAACAAUCAUAUGGUUAUCACGGAGAUGAUGGUAAUUCGUUUUCGGCUUCAAAUCGAGGUCAAUCUUAUGGACCAACAUUCACCACAGAUGAUAUUAUCGGUUGUGGCGUUAAUUUCGUCAAUAAUACAUGUUUCUAUACAAAGAACGGCAUCGAUCUCGGUACUGCAUUUAGGGAUUUACCAUCGAAAUUGUACCCAACAGUUGGCUUGCAGACAGCUGGUGAGGAAGUUGAUGCGAAUUUUGGGCAGGAACCGUUUAAAUUCGACCAAAUCGAAGAUAUGAUUCGACAAAUGCGAGCCGAAACUAAGGCUGCCAUAUAUGAUUUUCCAAUGCGCAGCGAAUAUGGAGAUCCAACGACGCUAUUGCACAAAAUGGUCUCAUCUUAUUUAGUACAUAACGGAUAUAGUCUAACUGCAGAGGCUUUUGGAAGAACUACUGGUCAGAGCUUUACCGAGGAACUAGGAUCAAUAAAAAACCGACAAAAAAUAUUAAAACUUAUUAUGACUGGUAAAAUGGGACAAGCAAUAGAGCAUACAAUACGCUCAUAUCCAGGACUUUUAGAAAACAAUAAAAAUCUAUUAUUUAUGCUUAAAUGUAGACAAUUCAUUGAGAUGGUUAAUGGAUCCGAUAUUGAAUGUACUCCUGCCAAAACAAUACAAACUUCUGUUAUUCAAUCAACUAAGUCGUACCAAAAUGGCACACCGAAUAGUGCUGUGAUAAGUGCAGAUUGCGUUCAAGAUAAUCAACAAGAUAUUAAAAAUUCAUUUUUAAUAGAUAAUAACUCGGAAGAUUUAGAUAAGUGCAACGAUAUAUCAAACAGUGAUUAUUUGAAUGAUGUUGAAAUGGAGAAUGGCCAUACAAAUGGUAGUUCAUGUAAAAACGGAACCUCUCCAACAAAUUUUGCCAAUUCCCUUGACGUAGACGAAGAUAUGGAUGUCGAUUUAUCGCCAUCACGAAAAUAUUGCCAUGGUUUUGAAAGAAUACUUGAGUUUGGUAAAGAACUCUCACAAAUGGGUCAACAGCUAGAAAAGGAAAACAAAAUGAAUGAAGAAGAUCGACAGAUGUUAGAAGAUGCAUUUAGUCUUAUAGCUUAUUCAAAUCCCUGGUCAAGUCCCUUGGGCUGGCAACUGUGUCCAUCGAAACGCGAAACAGUUUGUUCUGCCCUUAAUUCGGCUAUAUUAGAAUCAAUGAGCUAUCCAUGGAGACCACCACUAGAAGUGUGUGUUGCCCAUGCUGGCGAGCUCCUCAAAGUUAUGGCAAAUUCAUCACUUGGCGCUUGCGCUUUUGUCAAUAUUGACGAUGUGUUCCCACAAAAUUGACCAUGUCCUGUAAUGACGGCGCCGCUGCCGUCGGCCAACGUCAUGUUUGCUACGUUAAUUUAAAAACAAAACAAAAAAUAUAUAUUUAAACAAAAACAAAAAAAAAACAAGUAAAAAACAAAAGAAAAUCAAAUUUUGCAUAAUGUUUAUUUUUUAAUCUAAUUUAAUUACAAAAUACUUAUCAAAUUUAGUUUAAUUUUGUUGUUUGCUUUUUGUUUGCUCUCACUUCGUUAGGCAAUUUCAAAAGAUACAAUAUUUUCUCUUUUUAUUUUAAGUUUAAGGUAAAAUUAAUUUUUAUUUCUUUCUAAUUUUUGCUGAAUUUUUUCUUAAACUACAAUAAUUUGUUGUUAUAAUUUUUUUUUGGUAACGAUUUGAAAAGUUAGAUUAAAAAAAAAAUUACAAAACAUAAAACAAUCAAUUUUGAAAUAUGAUGUAAAUACGAAACAAAACAAAACAUAUUAUAAGAAUUUAUUAACAAAUAGUUUUCUUUAUUUUAUUUUUUUUUCUGAUAUUUUAUUUAUUUUAAAAAUGUUUGUUUUUUGCUUAUACAAACAAAUCAUCCACCAAUUUUUUCUCGGUGUGCUGCUGUUAAAAGAAAGUUUAUUAAAGAUAGACUAUUUUAUAGUAUUCUACACGCAUUUAAUAUUUCAUUUGAUUCUUUUCCUUACUCAAUACAAUUCUCCUUACUCAUAACAUGAACUCAAUUCUUUUAGCUUGAAAAAUAACCUCACUGUUUUUGAAACCUUAAAAACUUCUAAUAAUCUAUGUAUAUGAGAGAAUAAAACUCAAACUCUUUGAUAAUCUGGUAUUUUCUUGUACAUCGAGGUUUGAAUCUUGCCAACUAACAAUGCGCACAUAAAAUAAAUUGGUCUCCACGAGUUGUAGUGUCGUUAUUGUUAAUGUGUUCUCAGGCGAAUCAGUAUGUUAGAUAUCGUUCGUCUAUUUCCUGCUUUUCAAUAAAUCUUCAAUCCUCUCCAUCUUCAUGGGCUUCUAUUUUAAUGAUUCAUGUUACUUUUCUGAGAUUUGUUAUUUAGACAUCGUUUGUGUUCAAUUCUUUUCUCCUCUCUUUUGUUGUUCGAAACAUAAAAGGUUUUAAUUCUGUUACGAUUUUUCUAAAGUUUAAUGGGAAUAUUUCAAAUACAAUGAGUCACUUAAAAUAAUCAUUUGGAUUAUUGAAUGGCCCUAAUUUUGAAAUUUGUAUUAUUAAAAAUUCUAUGUAGUACCGCCCAAAAACCAAAAUGUUACGAAUUUCACACUAAACUUGAAUAUAUAGAAACAACUUGCAUGACUUUUCAAAUUCUGCAACUUUAAAUUUAUUUAUUUAAAUAUAUUGUUUUAUUUGUUUUUUGUUCCAAAACCAUACAAUAUUAAAAUCGAAAACAAAAAACCAACUUAAAUCUGAAUGUUUUAUAAGAAAAACACUUUCUGCUAAGUGUUUUAAUAAAUAAAUACAA